CCCGGCCUGGUUCCACAUUUGAGACUGUGUACUCACACUGCCUGUGAGUGCAGGAGUUGGGGUGGGCGCCUGAGCCUUGGGUGCUUCUCCUUGAAAGGAUUCUGAGGAUGAGGAUAGGAGAAAAUAUUUUCAAAUUGCAUACCUGAUAAGGAUCUAGUAUCCAGAAUAUAUAUAUAAAGAACCCAUAGAACUCUGCAAUAGGCCGGGUGGAGUCUCAAAAAAGAUAUAUAAAAACAAAACCAUGAGAUGCCACACUACACCCAUUACGAUGGCUAUACUAAAACAAAAAGCAGUGUUGGAGAGGAUGUCGAGAAAUGGGACCCUCAUCCACUGCUACUGGGAAUGUAAAAUGCAGCCACUUUGGCAAACAGAACCUCAAAAAGCAGCAUUAGCAUAUGACCACAGUUCCACUCCUAGGUACAUUCUCAAGAGAAUUGAAAAUGUGCCCACAGAAGCCUGCGCACAGAUGCUCAUGGCAGCAUUAUUUACAGUAGCCCCACAGUGGAAAAAAACAAAUUCUGCAUCCACCGAUGAAUGAAAGUGUGAUACGUUCACAGGAUGGAAUAUUACUCAACUGUGAAAAGGAAUGAAGCAAUCACAGUCGAGGAGGAACCUUGAAAAAGUAACAAAAGCCAGACACAAAAGGUCACAUGUUGUGUGACUGCAUCCUAUGAAAUGUCCAUUACGGGCAAAACCAUGGAAACAAGAAGUAGCUUAGUCGUUACUGGGGACAGGGGAGAAUGGAGAGUUACCGUUUAAUGGGUGUAGUGUUUCGUUUUGGGGAAGUAAGAAGGUUCUGGAAUUGGUGAUGGUUGCACAACCUUGUUGAUAUACUAAAAGCUGUUGGGCGCUGUGGCUCAUGCCUGUAAUCUGGGCACUUUGGGAGGCUGAGGCAGGAGGAUCCCUUGAGCCAGGAGUUCAAGACCAGGCUGGGCAACACAGUGAGACCCUGUCUCUACAAGAAAUAUAUUUUUAUUAUAUUUUUUUGAGACAGAGUCUCACUCUGUCAUCCACGCUGUAGUGCGGUGGUGCGAUCUCAGCUCACUGCAACCUCCGCCUGCCGGGUUCAAGUCAUUCUCCUGCCUCAGCCUCCUGAGUACUUGGGAUUACAAGCACGUUCCACCACACCCGGCUAAUUUUUGUAAUUUUAGUCGAGACGGGGUUUCACCAUGUUUGCCAGGCUGGUCUCGAACUCAUGACCUCAAGUGACCUGCCCACCUCGGCCUCCCAAAGUGCUGGGAUUACCGCCGUAAGUCACUACACCCAGCCUCAAAAACUAUAUUUUUAAAAAUUAGCAGCUGGGCGCAGUGGCUCAUGCCUGUAAUCCCAGCACUUUGGGAGGCCGAGGCAGGUAGAUCGCGAGGUCAGGCGUUCGAGACCAGCCUGGCCAAGUUGGUGAAACCUCAUCUCUACUAAAAAUACAAAAAUUAGCUGGGCAUGGUGGUGGGUGCCUGUAGUCCCAGCUACUAGGGAGGCUGAGGCAGAAGAAUUGCUUGAACCCAGGAGGUGGAGGUUGCAGUGAGCAGAGAUCACGCCAUUGCACUCCAGCCUGGGCAACAGGGUGAGACUCCAUGUCUCAAAAAAAAAAAAAAAAAAAAAAUAGCCAGGCACGGUGGCUCACGCCUGUAACCCCAAUACUUUAGGAGGCCAAGGCAGGAGAUUUGCUUGAUCCUCCCAGGAGUUAGAGAUCAGCCUGGGCAACAUAGCAAGAUCCUGUUUCUAUAAAAAAUACAUUUUUAAAAAUUGGCCAGCCAGGCGCAGUGGCUCACACCUGCAAUCCCAGCGCUUUGGGAGGCUGAGGUGGGUGGAUCACCUGAGGUCAGGAGUUCGAGACCAGCCUCACCAACGUGGAGAAACCCUGUCUCUACUAAAAAUACAAAAUUAGGUGUGGUGGCACAUGCCUGUAAUCCCAGCUACUCAGGAGGCUGAGGCAGGAGAAUCUCUUGAACCCAGGAGGUGGAGGUUGCGGUGAGCCAAGAUCGAGCCAUUGUACUCCAGCCUGGGCAACAAGAGUGAAAACUCCGUUUCAAAAAAAACAAAACAAAAAAAUCGGCAGGGGUGCCAGGCACAGUGGCACACGCCUGUAAUCCCAGCACUUUGGGAGGCCAAGGCGGGUGGAUCACUUGAGAUCAGGAAUUUGAGACCAGCCAAGCCAACAUGGUGAAACCCCGUCCCUACUAAAAAUACAAAAAUUAGCUGGGCGUGGGGCACGUGCCUGUAAUCCCAGCUACUUGGGAGGCUGAGGCAGGAGAAUCGCUUGAACCCAGGAGGCGGAGAUUGCAGUGAGCCCAGAUCACGCCACUGCACUCCAGCCUGGACAACAAAGGAGACUCCAUCUUAAAAAAAAAUUAAUUAAAUAAAUUUUAAAAAUUAGCCGGAGCAUGGUGUUGUGUGCCUGUGGUUCCAGCUACUGGGAAGGCUGAGGUGGGAGGAUUAACUGAACCUGGGAGUUUGAGGCUCCAGUUAGCUGUGAACUGACCUCCCUGGGUGACAUAUAUAUAUUUAAGCCACUGAGCUGUGAAGGUUGUGAAGGUAUGUGAGUUAUGUCUUGAAAAAUACACACAUAGUGAGCGCCAAAUCCCGGGAGUAGUGUUUAAGUGGCGGGCUUGUCAGCUGUCAAGGGCUCUGCAGCCCUUUCUCUGAAUCCAAGUUCUUCUUCCUGUGGACAGGGAACCGAGGCUGCGAACUGGGAGGAUGUGGCCUCGUGGGGGGCAGGGCCAGCGUGCUGUGAUGGGGAUGGGGCUGGGCAGGUUGGGGCUGCCUGCUACUCCCCACUCCUGACUCUGGGUGGGGACAGAAGGCAGAGGGAGGCUCCUGGCACCUGGGGCACAGGAAUCUCAGGCAUGUGGUCCUGAGCCUGUUUCCAAAAGCCAGACCCUCCUCCCCAGGGCGGAGAGACUGGGAGGGGCCCCAAUCCAGGCUCCGGGAUGGCCUGGCUGGCAUCUGGGGUUCCAGUGACCCCUCUCCCUUGGCCCUGGCAGUGGGGCUGGAUACUGGCCUGCCUCCCACCAGAGUCCCCCCAGCUCCUCCCUGCUGUGGGCUGGCCUGGGAGGAAGGGGGUGGGGUGCACUUACAUUUGCAGGUCUUUCCAGCCCCUGGGGCAGCCUGAUUAACCAGCUUCUCCAGGGCCAAGCUGUUGGGGGUGGGGUGCAGACCGAAGCAGCCAGACCAGCCCCUGAGCCUCCCGGGUGCUGGCGGCUGUCAUGGGGCUACCCUGGGGGAAGCCUCAACUAGGGCUGCAGAUGCUCCUCCUGGCGUUGAACUGUCUCCGGCCCAGCCUGAGCCUGGAGCUGGUGCCCUACACACCACAGAUAACAGCUUGGGACCUGGAAGGGAAGGUCACAGCCACCACCUUCUCCCUGGAGCAGCCACGCUGUGUCUUCAAUGGGCUUGCCAGCGCCAGCGAUACCGUCUGGCUCGUGGUGGCCUUCAGCAAUGCCUCCAGGGGCUUCCAGAACCCGGAGACACUGGCUGACAUUCCGGCCUCCCCACAGCUGCUGACCGAUGGCCACUACAUGACGCUGCCCCUGUCUCUGGACCAGCUGCCCUGUGAUGACCCCAUGGCGGGCAGCGGAGGCGUCCCCGUGCUGCGGGUGGGCCAUGACCACGGCUGCCACCAGCAGCCCUUCUGCAACGCGCCCCUCCCUGGCCCUGGACCCUAUCGGGUGAAGUUCCUCCUGAUGGACACCAGGGGCUCACCCAGGGCUGAGACCAAGUGGUCAGACCCCAUCACUCUCCACCAAGGGAAGACCCCCGGAUCCAUCGACACCUGGCCAGGGCGGCGAAGUGGCAGCAUGAUCGUCAUUACCUCUGUUCUCUCUUCUCUGGCCGGCCUCCUACUCUUGGCCUUCUUGGCAGCCUCUACCAUGCGCUUCUCUAGCCUGUGGUGGCCGGAGGAGGCCCCGGAGCAGCUGCGGAUCGGCUCCUUCAUGGGCAAGCGCUACAUGACCCACCACAUCCCACCCAGCGAGGCCGCCACACUGCCGGUGGGCUGCGAGCCUGGCCUGGAACCCCUCCCCAGCCUCAGCCCCUAGCCUGGCCUCUUUGCAUGGGACUGGGGGAGAUGGGGCGCCGGGAGCGAGUGCAUGGUGCUUUGUCCCAGCUCCUGCACCCACAGGCCCCCUCAGGGCUCCUUGCCUUUCCCCCCCACCAGCACACCCUGUACCCUGCUUGGAAUCCCAGCACCAGCACCCCCUGCCUCUCCUCUGCCUUUCUGGUUUCUCUCCCUCUCCAAGCAUCUGUAAGUUGCACUCAGGAGGGUUUAGGGGAGGGCCAUGGGCAGGCUGGAUACCCAGUCCCCACCUCCAUCCCCACCUCUGUCUCACCUGACCUCCUGCGAGGGAGGCUGGAGACUGUGUGGACAGGCCGCCCUGACCGCAAGCUUCCAGACCCUGGGAGGAGGCCUGCAGAGGACUGUGCUUUGCCUGAUGCAGGGAGCUGGGCCCAUCCUGGGGCCUAUGAGACCUGAGCCACCCUCCGUCCCCCAUCCCACACAUCAGUGGCUGGGCGGGGUGAGGAUUCAGAGGCGUCUCUACUGCCCCUGGGCACAGCACCUUUCUGAGAGUGGGACUCUCCAUGGUCAUCUGACUACCAAUUCUGGCCACCACCUCCAACCCUCUUGCGCAUAUGGAUGGCUCUAGCCCUUAUCCACCUCCUCAAGCAUUUAUUAAGCAUCUGCUGUAUGCCACAUACAGUGUUAGACUUGGGGCUUCAGGCAUAGCCGGUCCUGACCUUGGGGAGCUGCCUUCUCUAGACCUGAGACGACCACGUGUCCAGAUGUGACCUGUUGCUGUCGGGGGUCUGUCAGGCCCUUAGACCGUCACCCCAGUAGGCUCUCCAGGACCGAGGAGCCUCCAUCACCUGGAAGGACCCUCUGUGCAAAACCUCAAGCGUCUAUCUGUGCACAAGGCCGGUGGUUCCCGUCGUCCCGUCGUCGCAACUCGGGGUCGCCGGUGAGCCGCAGCCAGGCCGCCUCACGGCCAGUGCGCAUGCGCGCUCCUAUUCGCUGCCCCUUCUGCCUCGGAGGCGGUAGCAGAUGCCACGUUGGCGGGGUCGGUGAAGGUCAGGACUCUAGGCCUCCUUCCGCCAAGCCAGAGGGAUGAGCAAUCACGCCUGAGAGCUCACUGCGUGCCAUGCAGUCCGCACAGCCGCAGCGAUUUUCUAGAUGGAGAAACUGAGGCUCAGUGACUUGCCCGCUGCACUCUGUCCACGGCCGCUGCACACGCCCACUUGGGCUGCGCUCCCGGACCUUCUAAUGUGACCAUGGCUCCCGGCAUGCAGGCCCUGCCAGCGGAGGGAGCCCGGUGGUGACCCUUGGUCUGCAGCCCUCUUUGGAGGUGAAUAAAUGCGAUCUGGAGCCCACCCUGGCCUGAAUGGUGC